AAAAAAUUAAAAAUAAUAAAACCACCAAUACGCCAUUGUUAAGCAAAGAGGAGAAAACAGAGAUCGAUUGAUCCAUCGGAGAAAAACGAAAGGGAAAAAAAUGGGGGAAGAUUUGGUGUUGGACACAGCAAUAAGAGACUGGGUAUUAAUACCAUUAUCAGUAGUAAUGGUACUCAUUGGAAUUCUUCGUUACUUCGUCUCUAAGCUUAUGCGUUCUUCUUCUCAAUUAUCAGAUCCUAAAAUCAUCAAAGAAGGGCAGGUGGUAAUUAGGGCGAGGAAUUUGAGAGCUGGAGCAAAUUUUAUUCCGGCCAAGUCUUUUCGUGCAAGGAAAUUUUACUAUAGUAACGAGGAAAAUGGACUACUAUAUGUUCCAAAAGGACAAGCUCAGAAUCCACAGGCGCAAAUGUUUUCUGACCCAAACAUGGCUAUGGAUAUGAUGAAGAAGAAUUUAUCAAUGAUCAUACCUCAGACUCUUACCUUUGCAUGGGUCAACUUUUUCUUCUCGGGGUUUGUAGCAGCAAAAAUACCUUUUCCAUUAACUCAGAGAUUCAGGUCAAUGUUGCAAAAUGGCAUUGACUUAAGCACUGUUGAUGUCAGCUAUGUCAGCAGUCGCUCAUGGUAUUUUCUAAAUCUGUUCGGAUUAAGGGGUUUGUUCAGCCUCAUUCUUGGAGAAGAAAAUGCAACUGAUGACACUCAACGUAUGAUGCAAAUGAGCGGAUUUGGUUUUGACCCUAGCAAGAGUUUGGGAGCAGAAAAGGAUGCCUUAGAUAUUAUUCAGCAUGAAUGGACACUUCCUAAAUUUGAACAGCGAGCUGGAGCAGUCUUGCGGAAACUAGUCUACUGAGGAUAUAGUUUUAAAUUUGUGUCUCAGCAGCGAACCGAGGAAACAUUCUUUUAAUCUGGUGAAAACUUCAAUCUUGAAGCAAGGUCAGGUGAACAAAAUGUUUGAGUAAGAAGAACUAGCUUAACUCCUUCACACGCGAAGUAAUCGAGUCUAGAGGAAACUAGUUAACUAAGAUUGUAAUUUUAAAUUUGUCUUCAAUUUCAGCUGUGCAGCAUUUUGCUUGCUGCUCCAAGGUGGCCUACAGCCUGUGAAAUUGGUUGAUGCCGCCAUAGUAACUUUGAUACUUAUUUAGUUGUAUUUGGACGAAAUUGUAGUUAUUGCCCCUUCCAUGCAGCAGUUUUAAAAUUUCCAACUUUCCCACCAGAUGCUAAUGACAAAAAACUGCAAUUGCCUCUCCA